AUGAAAUUCCAAGGAUUGUCGCUUAGCCUGACGGCUGUCCUGCUGGCCGCCGUACCUGUCUCCGCCGUACCGAGCAUUUCUGUUUCUAUGCGAGCAGCCUUCCAGGCUGGGCCCUACCUUCUUGAGCUCAUAGAAACCGCGGCUGCCGAAAACUCGACCUCUUAUUUCCCACUCCUCGAUCGCGUGGCAAGCGGCUACUUCUCUGGUGCAGCAACAGAGAAGGAAUUAUACGACAGGUUCCUCAAGCUUCUUGUCCAAGAUGGCCACAUCUCCGAGCCGGAAGUGCUCUCUACUUUUAAAUUGGCGCUCUCUAUGAGGUCGGCCGCCCCGAGGAUCGAGGCGCACUACCAAUACUACUCCACCGGUGUCCAGCCAAGGUUCCUCGAGCCUCUUCCCUCAGCCUGCGACACAUGGGUGCUCUUCAACGGAUCUCAGUACUGCGACUAUGGCUUCGGAGAGCCCCGUAGGCUUGUUGCUGAUGCCAUACACACAUCCACUUCUUUGCCCUUUGACCGAGUCCUUGGGCAUGGCCCUCAUGCCAUUUUAUACGCAGACGUUGUUAGUUCGCCAUCCUUCGCUCCGUUCCAUAACUCGCUAGUCGAGAAAGCGCGUCGAGGCGAAAUUUCUUACACCGUUCGAUAUCGCCGCACGAACGGGCCAGAUGAGAACGAUACACCUCUCCCUGUCAGCGGGUACGGCGUGGAACUGGCCUUGAAGAAAACCGACUAUAUAGUUAUCGAUGAUAGGGACGCUGCGUCCGACGGCGGCGGCCGCGGACACGAUGCUAACCAUGGCUCAGGCAGCCAGGUCGUACUCGAUGAGCAGGAGGAGGUCGCUGACCUUAGGCCGCUGUCGAAGGCGGAAGUCUCAUCCCUUGGGCUAAAUGCCGCUUCUCUUAUCAUGAAGGGAGAGAAUCCCUUCGAGACACUGAUCAGGUUUACUCAAGACUUUCCCGCGUACUCGGCUCGGAUUGCCGCACACAACGCUUCCUUAGAGUUCAUUGAGGAGCAGCGCGAUAACCUUGGUACCGUUGUCCCCCAGGGUGUUAACGUUCUCUGGAUGAACGGUGUCCAGUUAAUAGAGCGUCAGAUAGAGCCGUUUUCUUUGGUCGACAUGCUAAGAAGGGAAAGAAAGCUAAUCACGGAGGCCAAGAGUAUUGGGCUUACCGGUAGAGAAGCCGUCGCCCUCUUGGGACAUCCCAAUGUUACCUCUGCUAAGGUGGAUGGUAGUCCCCAGAGGUUCGAUUGGAGAGAUAAUCAAGAGGGCGGGGAAGUUAUCAUGUGGCUCAACGAUCUUGAGGCAGACUCGCAGUAUGACGACUUCCCAACAAGCAUUACGGCGCUUCUUCAACGUACCUACCCCGGCCAGGUUCCCCGCAUCCGACGCAACAUAUUCAAUGCCGUCAUACCCGUGGACGUGGCCAAUGUUGAUGAUCUGAAGGUCGCUCUUCAAGUUCUAGCAUAUGUGAAUCGCCUUCUGCCGGUGCGGUUUGGUAUCGUGCCAUUCAGCUCAAGCGAGGAUUCGAGAAACCUCCGCAAGGUCUUGUACUAUUUGCACGACAACUAUGGGCUGGAAGGCCUCUUCACUUACGUCGAAUUGGCCAUACAUGGCGGGCAGACCGUUGCUGAUAGCGCAAUCUUUGAAGAGGCUAUCGCUGCUGGAUCACCGGCUGAAGGCUUCAAGCCAUCAACCUUCGAGGAAGUUCUAGCCUCCAAGCCUCUCACCGAGCGUUUGCAGCAUGUGGAUAUGUGGGUGAGUAGGCUGAAUGCAAAUUCCCCUACUCUCCCUGUGUUCGUCAACGGGAUGGUGGUACCUCGGGUGGAUAACUGGCUCCAGGGAAUGGGAAUGAAAAUCAAUUCCGAUCUUCAGAUGCUUCGAAAGGGGCUGCAGCUGGGGGAUAUUAACGAAGACACUCGGAUACUAGGACUUUUCCUAGAUGAAGCCGUAAAAAGGAGACACCCCCUUAUUUAUGCUGAUGACGAGAAGGCAUUGAACAUGAUAGAUUUGGGGAAAGUAUAUCGCGAGCAUGCUGCCCUUCUCCAGUCUGUCCCGGUCCUGGAUGCAUAUUCGGACUCAAGUAAAGAGACCUGGGCGGCAUUGACUGUGAUUGCGGAUAUGACGACCGAAGAUGGCCUCAACUUACUCUACUCUGCUCUCAAAUUCAAGGCAAAUAACCCUGGUGUCCGGAUGGACAUCCUCCACAACCCUAAGGCAUCGUCCAACGCCGCCGCUGCCGCAAUCAAUGCCGCGUUGGCGACCAACCUUGACAAACUCUUGGAAGCUGGGUCGAUUGAAGAAAUCAGGUCUCUUUUGCCGGCGCAAGAUCCUGUACCAGAUACACAAUAUGGAGCUCGUCUAAGCGCAUACAUAGCGUCGACCGGACUCGAACCCGGCACUAAGGGUCUCGUCUUGAACGGCCGGGUGGUGGGGCCGAUAUCUCAGGACGAAGCCUUCGCCGAGACCGAGUUCCAACAGCUUCUGGACUUUGAACAAAAAAACCGUAUCCUCCCGGUGUAUGCCGCCGUGGCUGAUCUUGGGUUGGGCGCUGUUCUAUCAGGACCACUUGCAGCAGCGAGACUUACGUGUCUUGCGGCUCGGUCGACCAUUUCUGAUCUUCCUGAGGGUAUCUUUGAAUCGGCGCCCACUCUUCGAACGUCGAUAUUUAAUACAUGGAAGUCUAAGCACACAACGAUUGAAGUCGGAGAGGCCGAGUCAGCUACUGUGCAUAUCAUCGGCAUACUCAAUCCGGCGAGUGAACAAGGCCAACGCUGGACCCCGAUUCUUAAGGUACUUUCCCAGGUCGACGGCGUUUAUAUUAAACUCUUCUUGAAUCCCGAAGAGAGGCUCGAGGAGCUGCCGAUCAAACGCUUCUACCGCUAUGUCCUGGACUCUGAACCUACCUUCGAUGAGUCGGGCCGCGUAAAGCCCCUUGACGCCACCUUCCGAGGCCUUCCGUCUGAAGCUCUCCUCACCGUCGGAAUGGAUGUGCCGCCGGCGUGGCUGGUAGCUGCGAAGUCUUCAGUCCAUGACCCAGAUAACAUCAAACUAAGUCUCGUAAAAGGCAAUGUUGAUGCUGUAUACGAGCUCCGGAAUAUUCUUAUCGAGGGUCACUCUCGCAUGGUCACUAAAGACGCCGCCCCUCCGAGUGGUGCGCAGCUCGUGCUUGGGACCGAAAAGGACCCCCACUCGUCGGAUACGAUCAUCAUGGCCAACCUUGGCUAUUUCCAAUUCAAGGCGAAUCCUGGAUUCUACAACAUUCAACUUCAGGAAGGCAGAAGCUCUCAGAUUUUUGAGAUAGAAAGUGUUGGCGCCCAUGGUUAUGACGCCUCCCCUGGAGAUGAAGGGACGGAGGUUGCCUUGAUGGACUUCAAAGGAACGACCCUGUACCCGCGUUUGGAACGGAAGCCUGGAAUGGAAACGGCCGAUGUUCUAUCGUACGGCGCCGAGGAAGCGAAACCUGAAUCGGACAGCUUACUGUCCCGCGGAUUCAGGGCCGCCGCUGAACUUCUAGGCGGGUCGGAUUCGAAACAUGCCCUCGAAAAGAAGGACAAAUCUUCCGACGACCAGGCGGAGAUUAACAUCUUCUCUGUUGCCAGCGGCCACCUCUACGAGCGCAUGCUCAAUAUCAUGAUGUUGAGUGUCAUGAAGCACACUAACCAUACCGUCAAGUUCUGGUUCAUUGAGCAGUUCUUGUCACCGUCUUUCAAAGACUCGAUUCCGCACCUAGCGAAGGAAUACGGAUUCAAGUACGAGAUGGUGACCUACAAAUGGCCACAUUGGCUGAGACAACAAAAAGAGAAGCAGAGGGAAAUUUGGGGGUACAAGAUCCUCUUCCUCGAUGUACUCUUCCCCCUCUCUCUGGACAAGGUAAUCUUCGUGGAUGCCGAUCAGAUUGUUCGAGCCGACAUGAUGGAACUUGUAAAUCUCGAUCUCAAGGGUGCGCCCUACGGCUUCACGCCCAUGUGCGAUUCGCGCACGGAAAUGGAAGGCUUCCGGUUCUGGAAACAGGGCUACUGGGCAAACUAUCUCAGGGGUCUCCCUUACCACAUUUCGGCCUUGUAUGUUGUAGAUCUUCGGCGCUUCCGGGAGCUGGCGGCCGGGGACAGGCUUCGCCAGCAGUACCACACGCUUAGCGCCGACCCCAACUCGCUUGCGAACCUCGACCAGGACUUGCCCAACCACAUGCAGUUUGUGAUUCCGAUCCACAGCCUUCCGCAGGAGUGGCUCUGGUGUGAGACGUGGUGCAGCGACGAGAGCUUGCGGGACGCCAAGACGAUCGACUUGUGCAAUAACCCGAUGACGAAGGAGCCCAAGCUCGACAGGGCUCGGAGACAGGUGCCGGAGUGGACCGUGUACGACGACGAGAUUGCAAACUUUGAGAGGAGGAGGAAAGGUCUUCCCGCGGUGGGAGAUCAGAAGGAGACGCCCUCGGUGCAAGAGCAGGAGCAGAUCAAGGAAAAGGAGAAGGAGGAGGAAGAGGCUCGAGGCAAGGAGGAAAAGGAUGGCAGUGAUAAUGAUCAGCCAAAGCCUGAUGAAGAGCCAACCUUUGAGAGGAACACCAAGAGCCGGAACUGGGAGGAGCCAUUAACACGAAUCAAGGAUGAGUUGUGA